AUGGCUCCUACAAACACCAACAGCCAUGUCACCACCGACGAUACCAAAACUAAGGACGUCGAGCCUCAGUUCUUCGAGGACGAGAACCCUGAGAAACCUAUUCCCAGGACUAAUGGCAAGAUCGACUACUCCGGUGCCCAUGAGAAAACAGACCCUAAGGAGAUCGCUCUUGUGAAAAAGCUGGACAGAUGGAUCAUGCCGAUGCUCUGGUCGAUGUACUGGCUUAACUACCUUGACCGUAACGCCAUCGCGCUGGCACGUCUGAACGACCUUGAAGCGGACUUGAAUCUAACCGGAACCCAAUAUCAGACCUGUGUCUCUAUUCUCUUCGUCGGUUAUAUUCUAGGUCAAAUCCCAUCGAACAUGUUUCUCACUCGCACAAGGCCCAGUCGGUACAUGGGAAUCAUGAUGAUGCUCUGGGCUAUUGUCAGUGCUCUGACUGCUGUAUCCAAGGACUUCACCGGCCUCCUUCUGACGCGUUUCUUCCUUGGACUCACUGAAGCUCCCUACUACCCCGGCGCAGUCUACCUGCUUUCUCUCUUCUACACGCGUAAGGAGGUUGCAACCCGUAUCGCCAUUUUGUACACCGGAAACAUCCUUGCCACUGCCUUUGCAGGCCUUAUUGCAGCCGGUAUCUUUCACGGCAUGGACGGUGCUGCAGGCCUUGCUGGCUGGAAGUGGCUCUUCAUCCUUCAGGGUGUCGUUACCUUCUUGAUCGCCAUUGUUGGAUACUUCAUUCUUCCUGACUUCCCUCAAAACACAAAGUGGUUGACACAAGAGGAGCGUGACCUCGCUUACAACCGCAUGGAGCUUGACACCGUCGGCAACAAGGGCGAGACCAGCACCUGGAAGGGUCUACAGCAAGCCGCCAAAGACCCCAUGGUCUGGAUCUUCUGCGCAAUGGCGCACAUGCAUUUGGCAGCAAACGGCUUCAAGAACUUCUUCCCUAGUGUAAUCAAGACCCUCGGUCUCAACACCACUCUGACUCUCGUGCUUACCUGCCCUCCUUACCUCAUCGCCGGUGCUGUCACCAUUGCCGUUUCCUGGUCAUCCGGCAAGUUUAACGAGCGCACAUGGCACAUCACUAUUUCCAAGGCGGUUGCCGUCGUUGGCUUCGCUAUUGCACCGGCCACAAUGAACAUGGCAGGACGCUACGUAGCCAUGUGUAUAUUUACGAUUGGUACCUAUGGUGUAAACUCCUUGAUUCUCGGCUGGUGCGGCAGUGUCUGCGGUCAGACUAAGGAAAAGAAGGCAGUGGCCAUUUCUAUGGUUACCAUGAUCAUGAACAUCAGCUUCAUUUGGACUCCUUACCUCUGGAACAAAGCAGAUGAGCCUAGAUACGUCCCAGCCAUGGCAGCUAGCGCCGCCUUUAGUAUCGCAACUGCCGGCCUAGCCUGGAUUGCGAAGGUGAUCAUGAAGCAGCGAAACAGGAAGUUGAGAUCCAGCAACGAUGAGACUACCGUCUUUUACGUCUACUAA